UGUUUCCCAUUCCUUAUCUUCAGAAUUACGAACUUCUGCAAUAUCAGAGCUGGGAAAUCACUAGCGCCAGUCCACACUAAAAUACGGUGUAAGGCUAACUGAAGUGUUUUAAAUCCAAAAUUGUCAGGGCUAGUCUCUGAAGGAAUGUACUUGGUAGGUUAUGCAUUCUUUGCCGUUCCUUCACCAAAUUGUACUGGUAUCAAAAAAUGUGUUAGUACAAUGUACGUCUCUCUAUAUUGACUGGCCAACUCGCCACGUUCCUGUACUUUUAAAGUGAUUCUCCAAUUAGAAGUUGUAUAUUAACUCUAUCAUUAAUUUCCUUCACCAAUCUUCUGCAUGAAAACUGACACUAAUCCUUUGAUCUUCAGGAGAAACGUUGUCUCUAUGGCCAGCGUGAAAACCUUUUCAGAGCCACUUUCCUUCUCUCCACUCAGAACUAUAGUGAACCUAAAAAUUGCUAUAAAAGUAUAGAAGUGUGAAUCCUACUUGAACUAACAUCCUAUUCACCGGUAAAAUUAUUAGCCAGGACUUCAGUUCCUCAUGCUAAGGAGAACGGAGUAAAGCUCCAGCAAGUACUCACUUUGCAUUCGAAGUGAGUUCCACUCCGGUGGAUAACGCAGGACAUCAUCAAUAUAUCGGCACGUGAUUCGUUUCAUCCUUGCCUCAUUUCAGCAGUUCUUGAGAAGACGUCUCCAGGAUCCCAUUUCGAAGAUCCAACUGUCCAGAAUUCCAAGUCCAGUUCUUCCACUGCCUUAUUAACAUCCCUGGUAGUAUUAGCGUGUACCAUUGUUGUUACAGUUUUAACGGUGUACAUCAUCAAGAGACGACGGCUACUCUCGUUGACUGCCAGUUGUCGCAGAACAAGAAAAGAUGCUUGUUUAGUUGACCAUUGGGAAAUUCUCCCUGAUGAAAUUAUUUGCAUAGAAAAAAUUGGACAUGGUCAGUUUGGCGAGGUGCACAAAGCGGAAAUGAAAUCACGCGAAAGCCCUCGGAAGGAAAAAUUACGUUCAAAAGGUCAGUGGAAGGACAAAAUUCAAAGGCCAAAGAUAACCGUCGCUGUCAAGAUGUUAUGUGAGGAAGCUGACGACGAACAACAGAGAGAGUUCCUAAAAGAAAUUCAACUGAUGAAGGAAGUUGGGUCUCACCGAAACAUAGUGAACAUGUUGGGAUGCUGUACAUCUGUUGAGCCCAUGUAUCUUGUGGUGGAAUAUGUUUCAAACGGUGACCUACUCAAUUAUCUGAGAAAACGAAGGAAUCAGUUCUUGCAGGUCAUCGACUCCACAUUGGAGGUCGCCCAAAAGGAGGCAAACUGCUCUCACUACUGCGACAAUCUUGGAAGUGAUGACAUGCUAUCCCAGGUCUGAUCAAUUGAUUUUUAGUUUUGUUACUGCUUGUAUCCGUAUGGUAAAUUUUAUAUGUUGUUAUAUCUGAGUUUUAAAAACCUUACUACCUUACUCAAGACAUUCAUUCAUAGUACAUAGCUGCACACUACUUUGAUUGAACUAAUAUUAGUCGACAGCAUACCUUCUAGGAGGAUGUAUUUUUAUUACAAAUGAAGUACAAAAAAAUG